GCGACUUAAAAUUUUGUAUUAAGUUAUUUCAGUUUCUGAAUCUAUUUUAUCUGAAUGUAAAUAGUUGUGGAAACCGCCGUUAUAGUGUGUCGCGGUGAAGGUCGCGCGCGGCGGGGCCGGCCGCUCACCUCGCGCUAAUGCGGCGCGCAAACACUGCCCUGGACACUAGCGUUAAGGAGAAGUGUUCCUUGGACUGGAUGCAGCGAUGACACUGCUCAUAAAAACAUAUUAUUAUAUUCCAUUCUCAAUGUACCAAACGAUCUGCCCAUCCAACAUAUUAUGUGCUCAAAUAACGUGACUAAACUCGCGUGUCCGACGAGUGGUCCGCGACCAGCAGCUCACUUUCAUCGCCACGGAGCGAGCACACGGAGCGAGUAGUCGUUUAUCAGAGUGCGUCGGUUUAUCUCGCGUAUCUACCUCGCGGCGCGCGACUUCGCCUUACACACAUGAUAUCACUCCGCCGGUUAUCAGUUCGCGAUUAGAUAGCGCGACGAGCGCGCGUCCGCCGUCCGCCGCACUGACGCGUCGCCCGGAGUGGACCGGCACCACAGCCACCAGCCCUCCUCCACGGACAUGCGGUGCAAGGACCGGCUGCCCGACCUGCGUCGGACAGUUGAGCGAUGUGGAGCUGUGUGUGCCACGAGCGGCACGCGACAGCGCCCCGCUGCAGUGUGUUGUGUUGUGGUGCCGGUAACGCAUGCGCCGCGUGUUGUUGCAGCGCGCGGCCGACGCGGGCGCCGCGCUGCAGCCCGCCGGCGACCACCCGCCGCACAUCGCGCGCAUACUGCAUGAGGCGGAGCGCAUCGGUGGUUGGCUUGAGGAGGUGCAGCGCAACACAGUGCUCGCGCGCAGGCUGCUGGCCGACCCCGCCUUCCACGGCGACCGACGUCUGCAGGAGCAGCUGGACGGGACCGUGACGGCGAGCAACGCGGCGGGGCUGAAGCUGUGCGGCGCGCUGCGGCAGCUGGAGGCGCAGGGCGCGGGCGCGGGGGGCGGGGGCGCGGCGGGCCGCAUGGCGCGCCUACAGGCGGCGGCUGCGCGGCGCCGGCUGCACGCCGCGCUGCACCAGCAGCACGCGCUGCUGGCAGCCGCGCGGCACUCGCAGCUGCAGCUGCUGCGGCAACACGCGCACCUCGUGAACCUGACGCUGUCGGACGAGGAGUGUGAGAGCCUGCUGGAGAGCGACAACCUGGCGCAGCUGUUCGUCGGCAACGUGCGCGCGGAGACAGCGGCGGCGCGGCUGGCGCUGCGCGAGGCGGAGGCGCGGCACGCGGAGCUGCGGCGCGUGGAGGCGGCGCUGCGCGACGUGCGCGAGCUGUUCGCGCAACUGGCCGCGCUCACGGCUGCGCAGCAGGACGCCAUCGACAGCGUGGAGCACACGGCGCUACAGGCCUCCGACCACGUGGGCGACGGACAGCGCCAGCUGCUCAAGGGCUCCGUGACACGCAAGCGCGCGCGCAAGAAACAAGUGAGCCUGAUCAUCUGCCUCGCGUCCGGGUUCCUGCUGGUGCUGCUGGUGCUCGUGCUGACGUAGCGGCGUGAUGUCACGGGCGGGGCUGCGCUGUGGCUGGGAUUAUACAACAUACCACACGUCAUUUUAGCAAUUAGUAUAGCAAAAUAAAGGUAACAAAUAUUAAAUAUCUAUUGUCGUAAGUUGUAUCCUAAGUAACUAUGAUACUUAAUAGAUACGUGUAAUUAUAAUUAUACACCUCCGCCUACCCCUUAGGGGAUACAGGCGUGAUGUUAUGUUUUUUGUGUUGUAAUUAUAAUUCGUAAAGAAAGAGCUAGUCAUAACAAACCUUAAAUCCUUACCAUUAAUAUAAGGAAAUAUUUGUAUACAUAUUGUAAGAAAUUAGACAAUAAAAAAUAUUAUCUUUUC